AUGAGAAGGAGGCUACUCAAGUUUUACAAGUUGAAGAGGAAAAACGAGGGCACUGAGGAGGACGUUUUCUCCGACCAGGCUAAGUACUCUGUGUUCGACUAUGUUGAGGAUAAGAUGAGCGGUGUUAGCAGGGUUGGCGCGGUUAGCAGCGACAGCCUUGGGGGUGACGCCAAGCAGGACGACGUCCCCUCCGCUGCACCCCCUGAGAGGAAGCAAAAAGAUGAAAAUGAAGGAGAAGGAGAAGUAGAAGGCGAAGUGCACACCUACAUGGAUGAUAUUCAAGGCGAGGACUCAUCCGAACGGGCUGAUCCCACUCACGGGCAGGAUGGGCAGGAUGUACAAGACGGGCAAAUUUUCCAACAGGGCGAAGAGGCAGACGUCACCGCGGAGGGAAAAAAAAAAAAAAAAUUGAAAAAGCUAAAAAAGAACAUGCACAUAGGGAAAUAUAAUAGAAAAAUUUUUACCUACAAAAAAAAGGUCUCCGUAGACGACGUGCACGAAUAUGUCCAGAACAAACAACUGGGAGAAAAAUACAUCCUCCAAAAAGACACACUAAAAAAUGUUUUUGUGAAUAAGCCUCUGUUCAAUUUUUACAAUUUUUAUAAUUUCUUUCAAAUAGACCACGUCGAAAAGUACAAUAAGGAAAAAGUCCUAAACUUAAUUUAUUAUUAUAUUUAUAAGUACAAAAACAAAAACAAAAUGAAGAGCCAAACAGAAUACGAGUGUGUAAAGACAGAAGAUGUUCUACAGACUUACGAAAGAAUUGCUGAUGAAAAACAAAAAAUGAAACACUACCUAGACUUCUACAUCGACAUGAAUAAUAACAGGUACCUGUAUAUGAACAUUGACAAAAAUUACGCCUUGAAGAAAAAGGUGACAGAUGCCUUCACCGUGAGCAAUAUUAACAAGGUCGACUCGAUGCACAUACACAAUUACAAGGUGGUGUGGACCAUUCGAAACGUGCAGGAGAAACUGUUUUGGAGAUUCCGUGAAAUGGGGAACAUUCCCCUGACAACCUCUGCCUUUUCCUUCGCUGGAAAGAAAUCGUUCAAGUUGAAGCUCUGGCUAGAUGGUCACAAGUCCGCCAAAAAGGGGUACGUAAGCGUUGGCCUGAAGCAGCUAGAAAACUACGGGCUGCUGGAGGAGUACAUUUGUUUCUCCCUUGGCGGAAUCACGAGGGGUCCAUUCCAGUACAUGUCGAAGGAAUACUACCAGGGCUGUUACAACUUUUGUAAAUUUGACGAGCUGGACGUAAAAGACGAUGAGUUGCAAUUCAGUUUAUUUGUGUACGAUGGCAUUGUGUAG